AUGAGAGUGGCAGUGAUAGGCGGCGGCGUAAGUGGGCUGGCGGCCGCUUAUGUUCUAGCGAAAGAAGGGGUGGAGGUGGCGUUGUACGAGAAGGAGAGUAGUUUUGGCGGCCAAGCCAAAACGACUACGGUCGAUGGCAUUCUACUUGACCUCGAUUUUAUGAGUUUUGCUCGGGUUAUGUAUCCGGAGGUGAUGGAACUAUUGGAGAGCAUUGGAGUUGAUACUGAGGCCUCUGACGUUUCAUACUCUGUGAGUUUCGAUGAUGUCGAAUGGGGGGCUGGAAAUGGACUCUCUGCCUUGUUUGCUCGAAAAUGGAAUAUGUUCAGUCCAUGGUUUUGGAAAAUGAUUUGGGAAAUCAUCAAGUUUGGAGACGACGCCUCUCUUUACAUUAACAAUCCAGAUAUCGACCGCAAUGAAACACUGGAGGACUUUGUCCAAUCAAGUGGUUACUCUGAGCUAUUUCAGAAAGCUUUUCUAAUUCCAGUUUGUGCUUCUGUUUGGCCAUGCUCUUCGUCAGUGAUGACCUUCUCUGCUUAUUCAACACUUUCAUUCCUGCGCAAUCAUGGCAUUCUCGAGCUUCUUGGUCUCUCCAAAGGGCUUACAUCAAAAUGGCGUUCACAAAGUUAUGUCAAUAAGAUUAAGAAAGAGCUGGAGAGUAGAGGCUGUCAAGUGAAGACUGAUUCUGAAAUAUAUUCAGUUUUUACUGAUGACAAUGGUUGUACUAUUACAAAUAACGAUUGCUUGGAAGAAGCAUACGAUGGGUGCAUAAUUGCUACAAAUGCUCCAGAUGCUCUGAAGAUCUUGGGAAAACAGGCGACGUACGAUGAAUUAAGAAUACUUGGUGCUUUCCAAUAUGGCAACAGUGAAGUUUUCCUUCAUCACGACGAUAAUUUAAUGCCAAAAAGCCGCGGGGCAUGGAGCUCUAGGAAAUUUCUUGGUACUACCAGGGACAAACCUUGUAUAACAUAUUGGCUCAACCAUGUCCAGAGCAUUACUGAAUCCGGGGUUCCAUUUUUUGUGACUCUAAAUCCACCUCGAACCCCUAAAGAUACGUUGUGCAAGUGGUCAAGUAGCCAUCCCAUACCAUCUGUUGCUGCAUCAAGAGCAUUGUCUGAGCUCAAUGUUAUUCAAGGAAAGAGGGGACUAUGGUUCUGUGGAGCAUAUCAAGGCUACGGCUUCCCCGAGGAUGGAGUGAAGGCUGGCAUACUUGCUGCAAACGGCAUGCUUAGGAAACAUUAUACUUUUUCAAACAGCCCCAAAUGCAUGGUUCCAUCCUGUCUUGAAACCGGGGCUUCUGUUCUCGUUACGAGGUUUCUUCAGAGGUUUAUUGUCACUGGAUGUCUAAUUCUUUUGGAAGAAGGUGGUAAAGUAUUAACCUUUGAAGGUGCAAACAAAGAGAGAAACUUAAGAGUUAUUUUAAAAGUUCACAAACCCCAGUUCUAUUGGAAGGUUGCAACGGAGGCUGAUUUAGGCUUUGCUGAUGCUUACAUUAAUGGUGACAUUUCAUUUAUUGAUGCAAAGGAAGGCCUUCUCAACUUCCUUUUGCUGAUUAUGGCAAAUACUGAGGUGAAUAAAAUUACCUCAAAGUUAAAUAAGGAAAGGGGAUGGUGGAAACAAUUGCCUUACACUUCUUUAAUAGGUUCUGCUAAAAACUUUUUCAAGCUUGUUUCCAGGAAGAACACACUCUCUCAGGCACGCCGUAACAUUUCGCGACAUUAUGACCUUAGUAAUGAAUUUUUUUCUCUGUUCUUGGAUGAGACAAUGGCGUACUCUUGUGCAAUCUUUCAGAAUCCACGCGAAGACUUGAAGAGUGCACAGCUUCGGAAAGUUCGUACUUUGAUUGAAAAGGCAAGAAUUAAUAAAGAUCAUCACAUUCUAGAGAUUGGAUUUGGAUGGGGAAGUUUAGCUCUCGAAGUAGUAAAAAAAACAGGAUGCAAAUAUACCGGCAUUUCAUUGUCAGAAAGUCAGCUGCAAUAUUUGGAAUUGAAAGUAAAGGAAGAAGGUCUACAGGAUCAUGUCGAACUUCUUCUUUGUGACUACCGUCAAUUGCCUAGCAACCGUAGAUAUGACAGGAUAAUAUCAUGUGAGGUGUUAGAACAUGUGGGGCAUGAAUAUAUGGAAGAACUUUUUAAAUGCUGUGAAUCCUCAUUAGCCAACAACGGUAUUCUUGUUCAUCAGUUCAUAGCAAUAGCUGAUGAGAAAUAUGAAGAGUUGAGGCGCAGCAAUGACUUCAUCAAGGAAUUCAUCUUCCAUGGUGGAUGUCUGCCUUCACUUAACCGCGUCAUAUCUGCAAUGGCUGCAUCAUCCGGACUUAGCGUGGUGCAUCUAGAAGAAAUAGGAUGCCAUUACGUUCGGACCCUCAGAUGUUGGCGACAGAACUUGCUCCAAAACCAGAGUCGAAUUCGGGAUCUUGGAUUUGAUGAGAAGUUCAUACGGACAUGGGAAUACUAUUUUGACUACUCUGCAGCUGGAUUCAAAUAUUGUAAUGUUGGAGAUUAUCAGAUUGUAUUCACUCGACCUGGUGAUGUUGCUGCGUUCGGGAGCCUUCCAUACAACUCCGUGCCAAGUGAUUUCUCGUGAUCUUGUGUGUGCUUUUUAGUUUCCAAAUACUCCAAUUCUAUCAUUGUAGUUAUGUGAUACUCCUUCUGUGCACAAAUUAAUGUCUCAUUUGCUUUGCA